AUGACGGCAAAUAUCACCUUGUCAUCGGUGCACUCGACUCUGAAGCAAUUCAAGAGAAUAGCGGACAUCCUGACAUCACCACCUGUCAUUGACAAGUAUGUCACCUUAAAAACGCAGUUACUUGCACGUUUCGCAGAUUCUGCAGACAAGCAGCUCCACCGUUUACUCACAGACUUAGAGCUUGGCAACCGCAAGCCCUCACAACUCCUCCGUCACAUGAGGACACUGGCAGGCGACCGAGUGUCACAGGACAUCCUGCGAGUGCGCUGGCUAGCACUUCUACCACCCGGGAUACAGCGAGUCCUCAAGAUCCUUCGGACAACCUGCUUAGAGGACCUCUCAACAGUUGCAGACGAGCUCAUGGAAGGCUCUUCUACACCCAAGUUCUUGCAGUUGCCUGCACCACAUUCACCGUCACCAGGUAGACUGGGAGCUGCAGCCUCUGCCGACACCCAAACCAUUCAGCGGUUAGGAGAAGCAGUAACCACCAUGCAACAGUCCGUCGCACACCUGACGACUCUGCUCGAGCACCUGUUGCCUGCUGUUGUCCACCAAGGACAGCCCACCCAGCGUCAACGUACACGUUCCAGGUCGCGCUCUCGUAACACUCAGCAACUAACCAGUCAGUGGUGCUAUUACCACCGCCGCUUCGGUGCUGCUGCGAGACGAUGCCAGCAGCCGUGCAGCUUUACACUCCAAGCUACCAAUGCAAAUGGCGCGGGAAACUGA